CAGCCCGGCAGGCGCAGCCGCUCCGCGCUCGGGGACCCGCGCCCAUGCCCGCGCCCAUGCCGGGCCGCCGCCAGUGACGCCGGAGAGGUGUCGCCUGUGCCUGCGGGGGCUCCCGCCGCUGCUAGGGGUGACGCACAGAGGCCGCAGAGAUGGCUGGGGCCUCGGUGAAGGUGGCGGUCCGCGUCCGCCCCUUCAAUUCCCGAGAAAUGAGCCGCGACUCCAAGUGCAUCAUCCAGAUGUCCGGCAGCACCACCACCAUCGUUAACCCCAAACAGCCCAAGGAGACGCCCAAGAGCUUCAGCUUCGACUACUCCUACUGGUCACACACGUCGCCAGAAGACAUGAACUACGCCUCACAGAAGCAGGUGUACCGCGACAUUGGCGAGGAGAUGCUACAGCAUGCCUUCGAGGGCUACAACGUCUGCAUCUUCGCCUAUGGGCAGACCGGGGCCGGCAAGUCCUACACCAUGAUGGGCAAGCAGGAGAAGGACCAGCAGGGCAUCAUCCCACAGCUGUGUGAGGACCUCUUCUCCCGAAUCAACGACACCACCAAUGACAACAUGUCCUACUCCGUGGAGGUCAGCUACAUGGAGAUUUACUGCGAGCGUGUCCGUGACCUCCUGAACCCCAAGAACAAGGGCAAUCUGCGCGUGAGGGAGCACCCGCUGCUGGGGCCCUACGUGGAGGACCUGUCCAAGCUGGCUGUCACCUCCUACAAUGACAUCCAGGACCUCAUGGACUCAGGGAACAAGGCCCGGACCGUGGCGGCCACGAACAUGAACGAGACCAGCAGCCGCUCCCACGCCGUCUUCAACAUCAUCUUCACGCAGAAGCGCCACGACGCGGAGACCAACAUCACCACGGAGAAAGUGAGCAAAAUCAGCCUGGUGGAUCUGGCCGGGAGCGAGCGGGCCGACUCCACAGGGGCCAAGGGCACGCGCCUCAAGGAGGGAGCCAACAUCAACAAGUCCCUGACCACGCUGGGCAAGGUCAUCUCCGCACUGGCCGAGAUGGACUCUGGGCCCAACAAGAACAAGAAAAAGAAGAAGACAGACUUCAUUCCCUACAGAGAUUCGGUGCUGACCUGGCUUCUCCGGGAAAACCUGGGCGGGAACUCGCGGACAGCGAUGGUGGCGGCGCUGAGCCCCGCAGACAUCAACUACGAUGAGACACUGAGCACGCUGAGGUACGCGGACCGGGCCAAGCAGAUCCGCUGUAACGCCGUCAUCAACGAGGACCCCAACAACAAGCUGAUCCGCGAGCUGAAGGAUGAGGUGACGCGGCUGCGGGACCUGCUGUAUGCCCAGGGUCUCGGUGACAUCGCCGACACCAACACUGUGCCUGGAGGAGCCAAAUUGACCAACGCCCUGGCGGGCGUGAGCCCCUCGUCCUCGCUCUCGGCCCUGUCCAGCCGUGCCGCCUCUGUGUCCAGCCUGCACGAGCGCAUCUUGUUUGCCCCGGGCAGUGAAGAGGCCAUAGAAAGGCUGAAGGAGACGGAGAAGAUCAUCGCGGAGCUCAACGAGACCUGGGAGGAGAAGCUGCGGCGGACGGAAGCCAUCCGGAUGGAGAGGGAAGCGCUGCUGGCAGAGAUGGGCGUGGCCAUGAGGGAGGACGGCGGCACCCUGGGGGUGUUCUCUCCCAAAAAGACGCCGCAUCUCGUGAACCUGAACGAGGACCCGCUUAUGUCCGAAUGCCUUCUCUACUACAUCAAGGAUGGGAUCACCAGAGUGGGCCGGGAAGGCGCAGAGAGGCGGCAGGACAUAGUCCUGAGCGGGCACUUCAUCAAGGAGAAGCACUGCGUCUUCCGGAGCGACUCCCGAGGGGGCAGUGAAGCCGUGGUGACCCUGGAGCCCUGUGAAGGGGCAGACACCUACGUCAAUGGCAAGAAAGUCACGGAGCCCAGUGUCCUGCGGUCAGGAAACCGCAUCAUCAUGGGAAAGAGCCAUGUGUUCCGGUUCAACCACCCCGAGCAGGCGAGGCAGGAGCGUGAGCGCACGCCCUGCGCGGAGACGCCCGCUGAGCCCGUGGACUGGGCGUUCGCGCAGCGCGAGCUGCUGGAGAAGCAGGGCAUCGACAUGAAGCAGGAGAUGGAGCAGAGGCUCCAGGAGCUGGAGGACCAGUACCGCCGGGAGCGCGAGGAGGCCACCUACCUCCUGGAGCAGCAGAGGCUGGACUACGAGAGCAAGCUGGAGGCCCUGCAGAAACAGAUGGACUCCCGGUACCACCCAGGGGUGCACGAGGAGGAGGAGGAGCCCGAGGAGGAGGUCCAGUGGACGGAGAGGGAGGGUGAGCUGGCGCUGUGGGCCUUCCGGAAGUGGAAGUGGUACCAGUUCACGUCGCUGCGGGACCUGCUGUGGGGCAACGCCAUCUUCCUCAAGGAGGCCAACGCCAUCAGCGUCGAGCUCAAGAAGAAGGUCCAGUUCCAGUUUGUCCUCCUUACGGACACACUGUACUCCCCACUGCCGCCUGACCUGCUGCCCCCAGAGGCUGCCAAGGACCGGGAGACUCGCCCCUUCCCCCGAACCAUCGUGGCCGUGGAGGUCCAGGACCAGAAGAACGGGGCCACCCACUACUGGACGCUGGAGAAACUCAGGCAGCGGCUGGACCUGAUGCGGGAGAUGUACGACCGGGCGGCCGAGGUGCCCUCCAGCGUCAUCGAGGACUGUGACAACGUGGUGACUGGUGGAGACCCCUUCUACGACCGCUUCCCCUGGUUCCGGCUCGUGGGCAGUUCAGUCAUCUCUGGCUGCAACAGCUACCCUCUUCUCAACACAUGCAUGAGCGAGCGCAUGGCUGCUCUCACCCCCUCCCCCACCUUCUCGAGCCCCGACUCCGACGCCACCGAGCCUGCUGAGGAGCAGAGCCUGGGGGAGGAGGAGGAGGAGGAGGAGGAGGAGGAGGAGGAGGAGGAGGAGGAGGAGGACCUGGAGGACGACGUCUUUCCGGAGCACGUGCUGUGCGACGGCCGGGACCCGUUUUACGACCGGCCCCCCCUGUUCAGUUUAGUAGGAAGGGCCUUCGUGUACCUGAGCAACCUGCUGUACCCCGUGCCCCUGGUGCACCGUGUGGCCAUCGUCAGCGAGAAGGGCGAGGUGAAGGGCUUUCUCCGCGUGGCCGUCCAGGCCAUCUCAGCCGACGAAGAGGCCCCUGACUACGGCUCCGGCGUCCGCCAGUCGGGGACCGCCAAGAUCUCCUUUGAUGACCAGCACUUCGAGAAGUUCCAGUCCGAGUCCUGCCCCGUGGCGGGCAUGUCCCGCUCGGGGACCUCCCAGGAGGAGCUGCGGAUCGUGGAGGGCCAGGGCCAGGGCGCCGACGCGGGGCCCUCGGCCGAUGAGGUCAACAACAACACCUGCUCAGCGGUGACCCCGGAGGGCCUCCUGGACAGCCCCGAGAAAGCCGCCCUGGACGGGCCCCCGGACGCCGCCCCGGACCACCUCGGCCUGGGCAGCACCUUCACCUUCCGCGUGACCGUCCUGCAGGCGUCCAGCAUCUCCGCCGAAUACGCCGACAUCUUCUGCCAGUUCAACUUCAUCCAUCGCCAUGACGAGGCCUUCUCCACGGAGCCCCUGAAGAACACGGGGAGGGGGCCCCCACUCGGCUUCUACCACGUCCAAAACAUCGCAGUGGAGGUGACCAAGUCCUUCAUUGAGUACAUCAAGAGCCAGCCCAUCGUGUUCGAGGUCUUCGGCCACUACCAGCAGCACCCAUUCCCGCCCCUCUGCAAGGACGUGCUCAGCCCCCUGAGGCCCUCGCGCCGCCAUUUCCCGCGGGUCAUGCCGCUGUCCAAGCCAGUGCCUGCCACCAAGCUCAGCACGCUGACGCGGCCCUGCCCCGGGCCCUGCCACUGCAAGUACGACCUGCUGGUCUACUUCGAGAUCUGCGAGCUGGAGGCCAAUGGCGAUUACAUCCCUGCAGUGGUGGACCACCGUGGCGGAAUGCCGUGCAUGGGAACCUUCCUGCUUCACCAGGGCAUCCAGAGACGGAUAACCGUGACACUGCUGCAUGAGACAGGCAGCCACAUCCACUGGAAGGAAGUGCGAGAGCUGGUCGUGGGUCGCAUCCGAAACACCCCAGAAACCGACGAGUCCUUGAUUGACCCCAACAUUUUGUCCCUCAACAUCCUCUCGUCUGGAUACAUCUACCCGGCCCAGGACGACCGGACCUUUUACCAGUUUGAGGCUGCGUGGGACAGCUCCAUGCACAACUCCCUCCUGCUGAACCGGGUCACCCCUUACCGAGAGAAGAUCUACAUGACCCUCUCUGCUUAUGUUGAGAUGGAGAACUGCACACAGCCGGCCGUCAUCACCAAGGACUUCUGCAUGGUCUUCUACUCCCGCGAUGCCAAGCUGCCGGCCUCGCGCUCCAUCCGUAACCUGUUCGGCAGCGGGAACCUGCGGGCCUCGGAGAGCAAUCGCGUGACGGGCGUGUACGAGCUCAGCCUGUGCCACCUGGCCGACACGGGCAGCCCAGGGAUGCAGCGGCGGCGCCGGCGGGUGCUGGACACGUCCGUGGCCUACGUCCGGGGCGAGGAGAACCUGGCGGGCUGGAGGCCGCGGAGCGACAGCCUCAUCCUGGACCACCAGUGGGAGCUGGAGAAGCUGAGCCUCCUGCAGGAGGUGGAGAAGACCAGGCACUACCUGCUGCUGCGGGAGAAGCUGGAGACGGCCCAGCGGCCUGGUCCUGAGGCCCUGUCCCCCAUCCCCAGCGAGGACUCCGAGGGCAGCAGCUCGCCCACCACCCCGCUCGCGGCUGCGGGCCGGCCGGCAUCCCUGGAGGCCCCCAACCAGAGGCAGCGGGAGCUGGCCGUCAAGUGCUUACGGCUCCUCACCCACUCCUUCAACAGAGAGUACACCCACAGCCACGUCUGCAUCAGCGCCAGCGAGAGCAAGCUCUCUGAGAUGUCUGUCACCCUGCUGCGGGACCCGUCCAUGUCCCCUCUGGGGGCGGCCACGCUCACGCCCUCCUCUACCUGCCCCUCCCUGGCCGAGGGCCGGUGCGGAGCUGCUGACCUGAGGACCCCACAGCCCUGCUCCCGGCCGGCCAGCCCAGAGCCUGAGCCCCUGCUGGAGGUGGAUUCCAAGAAGCCCCCUUCCCCUGCCCGGGCAACGGAGGCCGACAAGGAGCCCCAGCGCCAGCUGGUUCCCGACAUCCAGGAGAUCCGGGUCAGCCCGAUCGUCUCCAAGAAGGGCUACCUGCACUUCCUGGAGCCGCACACGGCCGGCUGGGCCAAGCGCUUCGUGGUGGUGCGGCGGCCCUACGCCUACAUGUACAACAGCGACAAGGACGCCGUGGAGAGGUUCGUGCUCAACCUGUCCACCGCGCAGGUCGAGUACAGCGAAGACCAGCAGGCGAUGCUCAAGACGCCCAACACGUUCGCCGUGUGCACGGAGCACCGGGGCAUCCUGCUGCAGGCCAACAGCGACAAGGACAUGCACGACUGGCUGUACGCGUUCAACCCCCUCCUGGCGGGGACCAUACGGUCCAAGCUCUCCAGGAGGAGGUCUGCCCAGAUGAGGGUCUGAGGCGGCCCUCCCGGACAGCCAGCAGGCCCGGCCCCGCUCUCCCACCCUCGUCACCGUCUGUCGCGUCAUCCGCCGCCCAGCCCUGAUCCCAGCAGACAGCCGACGCGCCCCCUCCUCCUGGGGGUGCCCGCGCCGGGCCCCGAAAGCCCGCCUCUGGCCGGGGACCUGGCGCUCCCAGCAGAGGCCGCGUUUGCUGUCCUGCCUUCGUUCAGAACGCGCCCCGGGUGGGAAGAGCUGGAGACGCCGGGAGGCCGGACAGGAGCCACGGGGGCGUCGCUGCCGUUCUAAUAUUUUUUUAAGCAUAGACAGACUAUAAUUAAUAUACAUCAGUUAGUGACACUGAAGCAGCCCACUCGGAAAUUAACUGUAAGACUGUGUUUUAUUUAUAAGCGUGCAUCUCUAAUGCCCUCACACAGGCCCGCAGGGCUCAGGUGGACCCACCCCGCUCGCUCCCAAACGCACCUCCCAAGCUUCUUAGGGACACACAAGGCGAGGCAGCCGCCCGGGAAGACCACAGUGAGGUGGCGUCGGGACAGGCCGGGCACCUCCUGCCUGGCACCACGGGGCCCCUGCCCGGCCGGAGCUGAGGCCCCUGCCCGGCGGCAUGUGGGGCAGGUCCUGGUCCCGGGGCAUGUGUGUGCGUGCGUGUGUGUGUCUGGGGGGGCCUGAAGCCUGAAGUCCGAGCAGCGCAGAAGGGGGGUGCACUCCUCGCGGGAGGGAGGGCCCACGUCUCAGCCGGACAGCAGCCACCUGAGGUGCGACUGUGCAGGUGACGCCGGCAGCCCGUCCCUGGCAGCACGUGGGAGGUGAGGCAGCAGGCGCCUGGCUGGCGGCCGUCCUGGUGGGAACCGAGCGGGAGAGUGGUCAGGGCCCCGCCGGCCGUGUCACGUGUCCAGGCCGGCUGGGUGCGGGGAGCUGUGUUUAGAGGUGGUCCAGGCGGCGAGCGGCUUCUGGUGCGGCAUCUCCAGCCACUCUGAGACCCGGGGUGAGCUCCAGGCCGCUCCAGGGAAGAAAUCGUGACUUCCCCUCUUUGCCCCAAGAGAGGUGUUUCUGUGAGUCCCAGUGAGAAAACUCCAUGGGGUCAGGUGAGGGCAGCCAGUGCUGGGGUCAUCCGUCAUCAAGGGGGCUUCCUCCCGUAUCCGAGGGUGUCACCCUUGUCUUGUUCUGCACUCUCGUGACAAUAUCCAUUUCGCCCGCUUUGCAGACCCCAUGCCUGAGGGCUGCCCGGGACCGGGCAGGAGGCAGCCCCGGGCCGAGAGUCUGGCCGUGUGUCGUGCCGGGGCCAGAAACCCUUCAGAGAAACCACGGGCCUGGGGUCUUCAGUGACCCGUUCCUACACUCGGAGGCACAGUCAGCCUCUUUUUAGCUCGAGGGGAAACAGCAACCGCAGCACAAGACCCGUCCCUACCGCGUCCCCCAAGAGGGGGUGACGGAGGGUUCACAUUCCGGACUAAAGUCAAACACUGUCCGAAACCAGCAGGCCUGUGCUCCCCCCGCAGGGCUUCCCUGGAGGCAGAGGCCAAGACGCAGAGAGCAGAGGGGACGGCGCGCUCUGGAGCAAGCACUGACGCUGGCCGUCAUGACGGCCUUGAGGGCAGGCAGGAGAGACGGGCGGGGUGAGUUGUUCUGAGAUGGGUCAGUUCCGAGAGCCCCUCCUUCCUACGGGGAGACUGGAGGUGCAGGGCCAGGCCGCGGCCACUCAGGUCAGCCAGCCUGAGGCCGUGGCCUCCGGAGGGUCUGAGGCCCUCUCACCCCGGGCACAGGUGUCUGGGGCCAGCCAACCUGCAGAGCACCCGCUGAGUGGGGCAGGGGGCCCCCGGGAGGGUUUCUGGGAAUCGCCCCAAAUUCAGGGGCCUCCACGGCCACGGAGGCCUCCAGGGCUGCUUCGUCUGGGCCUUGCGCCGUCUUGGCAGUGACUCGGAACCAGGUGUGGCCCACCUGGUGGCCCCUACCCGUCACCACUUCCUUCCUCUCAGGCCGGCUCCCACGCGAGGGCCUGGGUCCGAGAAUUCCAUCUGUGAGUCAGGAAAGCGGCUCUCUCGUGCCCCGUGCCAUGUAAGCCAGAGACGAGUGGUGGUCUGGGACUCAGUUGCCACAUCUGUGACAUGGGAGGCUGGUCUGGAGGCCCGUGAGGGUCCUCAGGUUGUGGGGUGCAGACAGGAAAGUCAGGUCUGGCUGUGGCUGCCGUGUCCUGCGAGUGGAGCAGGAGAGAAAGAUCCCGAAAGCCAUCUCUCUUGGACGGUUUUUGUUUCAGUGCUUGCUGGCACUCGGGCUGCAGCCUCGUUGCGCUUGAGGCCACGCUCGCCUGGAGAGGGCUCCCUGCCCCCCAGGGAGGGGUGGGCUCCUUCCGCUGUGGCCCUAGGGAGGAGCCCCAGGGAGGGAGAUGCCGGGCUCCCGGCUGAGCGGCCCCGGCUCCAAAGCGAUCCGGCUGGUGCCCCGGGCCGGCUAUUGAGACGCGCUCGUAAGUUUCAAGGCCUCUCUGUUCCGAGUAAUCAUCGUCUCGCUCACCGACAAUGCGCCCACACACACACCCCCCAGGGCGGCUGCAGUGACGUGGUCUCCCGGCACCCCUAGUCCCCCCUCGACACCUCCGGGUCGGAUGUCGCAAGGCACUCGGGGAGGGUCCCCAAAUGUCACCGAUGCUGCAGGCACGGGCAGGGUGGCCACACUGGUCCUCCGGCAGCUCUCCUCAGCGCGGGGACCCCGCAGGCAGCCUCCUGUAUCCCUGGGGCUGGGCCACGCGUUCCCCCGGGAGAGACAACAGGCUGUGGCUUCUUCCCAGGUCGGUGCGUCCUGCGGCCAGCUGUCCCCUGAGUUCCCCUGUGGCUUGUACAUAUGUGGUUGUGUGGCACACCCCAGCCCCUGCACUGUAACUGCCAUCCUGAUGUAAUGACUCUAGUUCCCUGAUGUCCGAAACCCAAGUGUUAGGCUCUAGGCUCCUGUACCAUGUGUGUGCACUUAAGGCUCUGUCCGAUUAAGAAAUAAACAUGGCUCUUUAUGCAACACCAGACCCGCGGGUCUCCGCUUGGCUUUAUUUGUGUGUUAGGUCUGUUUGCUGGGGCCUUAAAUAGCCACAGGGCCAGCUGGCCGGCACUGUCUGGAGACAGCACGCAUCUCCCAGUGGCGAGGUGGGGAGGGGAGAGAGCCUCGAGGGGUGGGAGUUACAAGACGGUGUUUAUCGUGGUCGCAUCCACCUGCUUCCCUCAGUACCUGGCUGCACCUGUCUGAACAGCUCCAGGUGCCCUUGGGUAUGCCACCCCUGUACUGCCAGCCUUAUGCCCAGGCAACCCCAAGUCAUUUUAUGUGGUCAGCGUUACCUCAUACCAAAACCAGACAAAGACAUUCCAUGAAAAUAA